CGGGCCACGCGGGAAGAGACCGGCGACGAGGGCGAGGCGGGAGGCAGGAAGGUCACCCUGGUCCCCGGCCGGGCGGGUGCGGCCCAGCCUCUCUUCCUGGGCACGUUCGGGCGGGGCGAUCGCAGGGAACUGGGCGGGGAAGCGACCGUCCCUGGCUCCGCCGAGCGCCAGCCCGCUCUUCUUGCCCGGAGGCGCCGCAGGCCUGGGUUCCCGGACAUCUGAGCCCGAGUACCGCCUCCCCAAAGGGCCUGUGCUCCCUUCACAGACUCAUACAAGUGGUUUGUCAUGAGAAGGACCACACUAUAUCAUUUUACUCUUACAAGUUUUCAUUUAUGUUACACACUGAGAAAGUUAUGAGAAGUAAUCAUCACUCUCUGGAGGUGGAGACGACCGUGAUCCAUAAAGACAAGAGGAUGGAUUAUGAAGCUGCCCAGCUGGAGAAGCAGCAUGUGCACAAUGUGUACGAGAGCACAGCCCCUUACUUCAGCGACCUGCAGAGCAAAGCCUGGCCUCGUGUCCGCCAGUUCCUCCAAGAGCAGAAGCCAGGCAGCCUCAUCGCUGACAUAGGUUGUGGAACUGGAAAGUAUCUUAAAGUGAACAGCCAGGUGCAUACCGUGGGCUGUGACUACUGUGGGCCAUUGGUAGAGAUUGCCCGGGAUAGAGGAUGUGAAGUCAUGGUAUGUGACAACCUUAAUCUCCCCUUUAGGGAUCAGGGCUUCGAUGCCAUCAUUUCCAUAGGAGUCAUACAUCAUUUUUCUACAAAACAAAGGAGAAUCAGAGCAAUAAAAGAAAUGGCCAGGGUCUUAGUUCCUGGAGGCCAGCUGAUGAUUUACGUGUGGGCAAUGGAACAGAAGAAUCGUCGCUUUGAGAAGCAAGACGUGCUUGUUCCAUGGAACAGGGCCCUAUGUUCCCAGCUUUUCUCAGAGUCCAGCCAAUCCGGGAGGAAGAGGCAGUGUGGACACUCAGAAAGAAGCCAUCCUUACCAUCCUCCUUGCUCCAAGUGUAGCUGUUCUGUUUGUUUUAAAGAGCAGUGUGGUUCAAAACGGUCCCACAGUGUGGACUAUGAACCUGCUAUGGCAAGAACCUGUUUUGCAAAUAUCUCUAAGGAAGGCGAGGAAGAAUAUGGAUUCUACAACACUUUAGGAAAAUCAUUUCGUUCUUGGUUUUUCUCCAGAUCUUUGGAUGAAUCGACUUUGAGGAAGCAAAUUGAAAGAGUAAGACCCUUGAAAAACACCGAAGUUUGGGCCAAUAGCACUGUAACGAUCCAGCCUUCCAGACACUCUAGUUUAGACUUUGAUCACCAAGAGCCAUUUUCAACAAAAGAGCAAAGCUUAGAUGAGGAAGUGUUUGUGGAACCUUCUUCUCAAAAGGACUUAGAGUGGCUGAGAGCACCAGGCACUCUGAAGCAUUUAAAUGGAGACCAUCAAGGAGAAAGGAGAAAUGGAGGGGGGAAUUUUCUGGAUAGCACUCAUACUAGUGUGAAUUGUGCGGGUGUGGGUAACUUAGAAGAUGAUAAUCCUUCUGCUAGUAAAAUAUUGAGAAGGAUUUCUGCAGUCGAUUCCACAGAUUCCAACCCAGAUGAUACAAUUUCUGUCAAAGAUCCACAGCCUGAUACUUUGGACUCCAGAGCGUUUAUGCGCUACUACCAUGUGUUUCGAGAAGGGGAGCUCUAUGGUCUGCUCAAAGAAAAUGUGUCAGAGCUCCGUAUCCUGAGUUCUGGGAAUGAUCAUGGCAACUGGUGUAUCAUUGCAGAGAAAAAGGGAAGUUGUGAUUGAUUGGAUCCUUUUAGACAACUCCAAAAGAUGAACCCCAUUCUUUUCGCUAGGUUUGAAAUGGUUACAUGAAAUUGCAUUCAGUUUUAUUAUUUGUUAAUCCAUUAAUCCUUUGUCUGCAGAGACUACGAACUAUUUGGUUGUUUUUCUUUUUAACUUUGAAUAAGCACAGAUCCUGGCACUGAAAGCACUUGACAAAGGGCAUUUGUGCUUAAAUGUUAAUGUGAAAGAUCUGAAGAAGCAGCAGAAAAUGCCCGUCAGUACAGUUCAGAUUUUUUUAACCCCUGAAAGAUAAAUACAUGUAUAGUGAUUUUCAGUAUUGCGCACUGGUUUAAAAAGAUGACCCUGUUAAAUAAUCUUUUCAAACAGUAUUUUUAUAAAGUGAGGGGAUAAUUUCUGGUUCCUAGGUUAUAACUGAGAUCAGUGUGCAAGAAAACAGGGAAACUUAAUCCAUUGCACAGAUAAUACAUUGAACCAUGUGAUGAGUUAUUUUGUUGCCAAGGUCUUACUUCUACUUAAAGCUUUCAGAAAACUGAGUGACUGGAGAGACCCAAGAAGUGUAGCAAGGACUUUUCUAAAUUAUAAGCAAACUUGCUUCAAAAUAAGUUGACACAUGAUAAUAAUGUUUUCAAUGUAGCCCACUAGGUUUUUAAAGGCACUGUUAGGUUGAGCAUGGUGGCUCAUGCCUAUAAUUCCAGCACUUUGGGAGGCUGAGGUGGAAGGACCAUUUGAACCCAGGAGUUCAAGAGUAGCCUGGGCAACAUAGCGAGACCCCCGUCUCUAUAAAGAAAUUAAAAAAUUAGACAGGUGUAGUGGUGCAUGCCUGUUGUCCAAGCUACUCGAGAGACUGAGGCAGGAGGAUCACAUGACCCCAGAAAUUCAAGGCUGCAGUAAGCUGUGAUUGUGCCACUGCACUGCAGCCUGGGCAACAUAACAAUACUCUGUCUCAAAAUAAUAAUAAUAGAAUAGACUGGGUGAGGUGGCUCAUGCCUGUGAUCCCAGCACUUUGGGAGGCUGAGGCAGGCGGAUCACCUGAGGUCAGGAGUUCGAGACUGGCCUGACCAACAUGGAGAAACCCCAUCUCUACUAAAAAUACAAAAUCAGCUGGGCAUGGUGGCAUGUGCCUGUAAACCCAGCUACUCAGGAGGCUGCGGCAGGAGAAUCACUUUAACCCGGGAGGCAGAGGUUGCAAUGAAACAAGAUCACACCAUUGUACUCCAGCCUGGACAAUAAGAGUGAAACUGUCUCAAAUAAUAAUAAUAAUAUAAAGGCACUGAAUUAGCUUGUAAGGAGUGGAGUAUGUAGGUACUAGGAGUUAUGCAAGUACCCAAGUGAUAUUCUUCCAAUCUUAUUACAAGCAUGAAUAUUCAAGAUUGAUAUUAUUAUUGCCUAUUAGCAAGAUUAUUAUCAAUCAUGUUUAUUAGAAGCAUGAAUAUCCAAGACCAGGGUUGACUAGUGAUGACUCUGCAUCAAGAACUAGGCAUCUAUUUUGAGUUGAAGGACUCUUUAGGAAAGGAGAAUCUCGGUGAAGCACUGAUUUUCGCUCUGAGAACAAACAGAUUAAGGUACAGCAUAGUUAGCCUUGGUAGAGGUAUGACUGGGAUUUGCUAUACCCUUUAAAAUAGCAUCUGGGCAUUUAUUCUAUUGAAGGUCACUAAAUUUUAUUAGUUAUGUUAGGAAUUCAGGCAGAAUUGGCUUCUACUGAUUGAAGGUUGAAUUUGUCACUUUGUAGAGAAACAAAUAGAAUGGAUACUGUAUGGUCACCGAAUCUGUUUAGAUUUGCCCACAGGUCUAUUUAAAUCUGUGUCAUGGAUCCUGAGACACAAACAUAAUUAAGACAGGUCUAGAGACUUACGACAAGCAGAAAUAAGUUGGCCCAGGAAUAUCGUUUCAAGUAGUUCAUUAAUGAGAAAAUUGACAUUUGACAGGAGUCUUUUUACUUUAUCCCGGAUGAAAAUCCAAAUCUUGUUUUAUUUUUCCACUAAAAGUAGUUUAAUAAUGAAUUUCGUUUAUUCUUGUGUUCUUUUUUCCUUUAAUGAUUGUGCUGUAACUUAAGGUAAUUAUGUCACUUUUGAGCAAACUUAAAGAACUAUUUUUAAGGCAUAUCUGAAAACAAUUGAUGUUUAUAACUCCCUUUGGCUCCAAAAUAAGAUUGUGUUAUUACCAUUUUGGUAGAACAAAUGUUUAUAACUCCCUUUGGCUCCAAAAUAAGAUUGUGUUAUUACCAUUUUGGUAGAUGAGCUUGUCUGGUGGAAAUGAUACAUAUGAUUUAUACUGUUCAGUGUAUAUUUUGCAAUAGUAGACAAAUGAAAACAGCUAUAAGUGGAGCAUAAAAUUAGACAGGUGUAAAAAUUAAUUUAGUGUCUUCUAUUUCUUAAUUUAGGACAUUAAACCAUGACUGUAAGUGAUUUUCUUGGUGAAAAGAAAAGAUUCUCAGAGUCGAAAAUGUUCUUACAACUCAGGCAUGAUGGCUUUUGAAUUAUGAAUGGAUUUUUCCUCUCUCUGAAGCCAAUUUUCACAUGGGUUUUUAAUCCUGGCCUUGCUACUAGAAAUCCAUGCUUGAAGUCAUCUCUUUCUGAUGGUAGCCUGCCACUUGAAAGUCAUGACCUGGUGGAAUUCAGUUUACCAGACUGCUAGCAUCGCCUUUGAGCUAAACUGUCUGAGCAACCUCUUAGACAUACACACACCACUUUGUAUUAAAGGGUUCUCUAGAACAGUUCUUUGGAGAGAAAUAUUUUCAUGUAAUUUUGACAGGGGUGUAAAUAAAGCGUGUCUUCAUCUGAUGAAAAGAAGAA